AGUACUCAUUCCAUAGUCAGACAUAGUAAUUGGUUUUGGUUUUUGGCCACUUGAAAAUGAAGUCAUUAAGGGCACAUGGUAAUGUUUCAGGCUCAAUCAUCUCUUUUACAUAAAUUUGCCUCCCUCACAUCCAGGCAGUUAGAGUGUGAAGAGAUGAUGGUUUGUUGUUUAUCAUGUACUGUGAAAAUGCUCAGGCGCUCAGGCAAAUUGACCUUCAGUGGUUGAAUGAUGAUACACUGAGCUGUAAUUCAGUCCUCUUCAGGCAACAUAAUUUGAAUAAAGAAUAUAAUUAGGACUUUGGAGAAUGUAUCUUUGAGGUCCUUAUUAGAAUAUGGCAGGGGAAAAAAACAAGAAUGUAUCGAGUCUCAUAUUCAAAAUUUGAUGCACCUGACCGCAGCUGUCUGUUAAACACAAUGAUUGUUCACCCAAGACCUGAGAAUAUUGGAAAAAAAUAGUGUUAGCAAUUGCCCUUCAUGACUACACUGUUGAAUUAUCAGUAUUGUCAGUACUCUUAGGCUCAGUUACUUAGUCAUCAUGUACUGUAACGCUUGCAGGGAAGUCAGUUUUGGUUAUUUGACAGUGAUAUCGCUUCCUUUUCCAUUAAACCGUAGGUACCAGUUCUUAAUGCAUGUACUAUUUCUUUAACAGAUAAACACAAUGGUAAUAUUCAAAUGGACUGAAUGCAAAUCCAAUGUUUUAGUAACAAUAACACUUUUGCACAUGCAAAUCCUCAUCCAUCAGAAGGUAGAAAAGGAAAAUGGGGGUGUGGGGAAGAAGAGAAUGAGUGUGAUCUCUAAAGAGCACACCAUGGGAGAACUUUUGUUUAAGGUUCUGCUGUUGGUGUGUUUGUGGAGCCGCUGUUAUGGCACUGGAUUUCAGCUUGAAGGAAAUAUUACCAUCUACGGCAUGUUUCCUCUCCAUAAUGUAGGUGACACCAUCGCCACUAAACCUCAGCUGGCUGACUGUAAACGAGGAACAGUAAACAGCCAUGGCUACUUCUUGGUGCAGGGUCUGCGCUAUGCUGUGGAGGAGAUCAACAACAACAACAGACUCCUGCCUGGUGUCAUUCUAGGCUACCAGGUGUUUGACACUUGCUCGCGUCGAGCUAGUAUUCUGGGCACGGUUAAUCUCUUAGCUCAGCAGUAUAACAGAGUGAAAUUGAAGUCUGGAGCAAUUGCCCUCAUUGGACCAGACAGCAGCACCUACUGCUUCAUUUCAGCUGCUGCACUCGGGAGUUUUCUGAUGCCUGAGAUCUCAUAUGAAGCUUCAAAUGAACUCCUGAGCAACAGACAGCUGUACCCAUCUUUCUUUCGCACCAUUCCCAGUGAUAAAAACCAGGUGAAAGCCAUGCUCGAGAUUCUUGCAAGAUACAACCUGACCUGGAUCGCCCUUCUCGGCAGUGACAAUUCAUACGGCCUGCAGGGAAUGUUGAGCCUGUCACAGCAAGCCUCAGAUUACAAUAUCUGCAUCGCAUAUCAAGCUGUGAUUCCAAGUCUCAGUGCUGACACACAGCAGCGGAUGCAGAACAUUGUCAAGAAUAUCAUCAAAGCCAAAGUGAAUACCAUAGUAGUGUUUUCUAGCAAGAGAAUAGCCAGCGGGUUUUUCCCCUUUGUAAUAGAGCAGAAUGUGACAGGGAAGGUGUGGAUCGGUUCUGAGGACUGGUCAGUGGCAACCUUAGUGUCUCAAAUCCCAGGGAUCAGUACAAUUGGAACUGUCUUGGGUGUGUCUGUAAAAUACACAAUUUUUAAUGGAUUUCAAGAUUUUGUGAAACAGGCCAUAACUAAGCCUACAAGCAACAGUUUGAGUGCAAUGAGUCUCCCAUGCUUAAAGGAUUCGUACCUAUACGGAAUGGCACAAUAUAAUCUCUCAGAAUAUGAUAUUUCCUCUUCGUUUAAUGUGUAUCGGGCAGUAUAUGCAGUGGCUCAAGCAUUGCACCAAGCUCUCAUGUGUGAUUAUGAAAAAUGUCAAAACACCGAAAUACAACCAUGGCAGCUCUUACAAUAUUUAAAGCAAGUACGGAUUUCCAUCAGAAAUACAACAUUGUUUUUUGAUCAGUAUGGAAACCCACCAACAGGAUAUGACAUUGUUACAUGGCAAUGGAUUAAUAAAGCAUGGUCCCUCAAAAUGGUGGGAUCGUUUAUUUCAGAGCCACCUAGUCUUCAGGUGGACGCUUCACAGAUUCAGCGGAUGCCUGAGUCACGUUGUUCCCCAGAAUGUCCAUAUGGGAACAGAGAACUGCAGAUUGGACAACACAAAUGCUGUUUCAAGUGUAUAGAAUGUCCAGCUUCCACUUUUCUCAACAAAACUGGCUCUACCAGCUGCCAGCCCUGCAACAAAGAUCAAUGGUCUCCAUCUGGGAGUGAGGACUGUCUACAGAGGACCGUUCUUUACCUGCGAUGGGAUGAUGUUUUGGGCAAUGCUCUCUUGGUCCUUCUGGCUCUGACACUGCUGCUCACCCUGGGCACUACACUUAUCUUUCUUCUGAACUUGACCACCCCUGUUGUUAAGUCUGCAGGUGGUAGGACAUGUCUGCUAAUGUUGUUGUCUCUGACCAUAGCUGCCUGCAGCUCAUUGUGCCUUUUCAGCAAGCCCUCUCGAGCAUCCUGUGUCUUCAGAAAGUCCCUCUUCAUCUUCAGCUUCAACAUCUGCUUGACCUGCAUGACUGUCCGUGCCUUCCAGGUAGUGUGCAUAUUCAAGUGGUCUGCAAAGCUUCCCAAGUUCUACGAUACCUGGGCCAAAAAUCGGGGUCCUGAUAUCUUCAUUCUGGUCAGCACUUUGGUUGAGUUCUUCAUCUGUGUUCUUGGUGCGAGCUUAAAUACACCUCUCCCUUCAGCAGACUAUAACUUCUACUUUGACAGCAUUGUAUUAGAGUGCAGUAAAACUAUGGUCGUAGUGCUUCCACAAAUUCUGUAUGUGUCUAUACUGACUGUAAUAUGUUUUUGCUUGAGCUACAUGGGUAAAGACCUACCAGCAAAUUACAGUGAGGCCAAGUGCAUUACAUUCAGUCUGAUGAUCUAUAUCAUCUCCUGGAUCACUUUCUUCACCACCUACAGUGUUAAUAGAGGGACUUUAUCUAUGGCUUUGGAGGUGGUUGCCGUCCUUUUUAGUGUGCUUGGAAUACUUGGUGGAUACUUUUUUCCUAAAGUGUACAUCAUUAUAUUACAACCAAAAAAGAAUACGACUGCCCACUUUCAAAACUGUAUUCAAAUGUAUACCAUGGCUAAACAGUGAAACUCUGGCUGUAACUUAUUUAGAAAUGUACAUUAUUUAGAAACGGUACAUAUAUGAAAUCUUACUGUCGUGGCAGCUGGUUCCCUUUGUCUUAUUUUUUCCAGUUUAUCUGCCUGGCAUAUGCUUGUAGUCUAAAGGCAAAUAGACGUAAUAGAUGAAUAACACAUGCUACAGCAUAAUUAAACAUGUAACAAACAUCUGUUCCAAGCUCCGGGUUUCAAACUGAAGCACAUUAAAUAUGUUUAUGAUGAAAUAUUUGAAAUAUAUGUGAAUAGUGACUUUGGUGUUAAUGUGUUGGUUGUUGCCAUAGUUUUUGUUUGAUACUGUAGGAGAAAACGUUGUUUGAACAUAAGUCGAAUGGUCAGGUUAUUAGCUCCUAAAAACAAAAGAGCAACAUCUUAUUUUUUUACAUUCACCAUUUUUAGUGAUGUGUCAUAUUUAUAAAAAUACAGCAAAUAGUGGACUCAGAGAUAACAUAAAAGUGAAGAAAAUUCACUGUUAGAGCAGCAAACAAAAGACUACGAAGCCAAAAUUCAAUAUAUCUUCAGAAAAUAGAAAUAAAACUGUACAUAUGUACAAUAUAUAAUAUAUCAAAUUAUGUGUGCAAAAUGUCAUGUAUUAUUGAGCUGAGGAACAUGAAGAAACCUGUGCAGGUAAAACCUACAAAAGGGAAUUAGAAAAGAGCUGAAUAAAUUAGACAGAGUUAAACAAUCGGAUAGCUUUCAGGAAGAAGAACCUGGGAAAGUUUUCCGUCUGCACUGAUUGCAUAAGAAUCUGCUGCUCGUUGUACUUUGCAGAGUGCUGACUUCAGCAUGGAGAGGAUGAUUGGGUUCAGUCCUUAUGAGUUGGAAGUAAGAGCUAUUUCCCACUGGCACCACUAAGCCGGUAGUAAAAUAGCAUUGUGGGUAAUAAAACCAGAAAAGUUUAAACUAAAAAAGCCAAGUUCAUUACAAAAUAAAUAUUGGAUAACAUUUAAGAUCAUGUGUUAAUUAUAAAGCUUAAUGCUCAAGUCCACAGCUGAGCUUUCAUUUUAAACAUGGUUUUUAUAUCAAGAAUACCGUAACAGAUGUUUUGAGCUUCACUGCUUUGUACAGGCUCUGAAAACAGCAUAUAAUCUUAUAGUUUAUAUUACCUUGUCCAUCUCCAUUUGUCACUAUAUAUACAUGUAC